UGCCUUGCUGCUGCAGGGGGCCUUGUUGCCCCAGCCAGGGCAUGAAAAAUUUUGUGCUACUUCCUUCUAAUUCCCUUGUCUUCUCAUGAGAAAUUUUUCAUCAUGCAAAUUGUUUUCCUCCUACAGAGUACAGUACUCUAACAAGUAACAAUUCAGGGAAAGCAAACUGCAGUGCACUAGCAAGGCAUGAGAGCCACCAGCAACACAUGCAUCUGAGUCCAAGUCUGCCUUGCUGUUGUGUGGGAGAAAGACAGCUGUUCAGUGUUCCCAGGAGCCUGAAGAGAACCAUCACCCACAUAAGGAUUAUCAAAAUGAGUGACAUCGCUACUUUGGUGCCUCCAGCUUCAAACCAGGACCCUACCACCCCACGCAAAGUGCCCCCCAAGUUCAAACAUAGGCAGACUCGCCAAUUCAAGAGCAAACCACCUAAGAAAGGUGUGAAAGGAUUUGGAGAUGACAUUCCAGGCAUGGAGGGACUAGGAACAGAUAUCACGGUGAUUUGUCCUUGGGAGGCCUUCAGUCACCUGGAAUUGCAUGAGCUCGCCCAGUUUGGGAUCAUCUGAGGAGCUCCUGCCUCCGGCCUGCAG